CUAUAUAAACCGUGGACCGCUCGGAUUGGAGCAUCAGUUGGCUUCCUCUACUGCUACGUGAAGUUCCACAGUUUUCGACCCCAAGCAAGAAACUUCCAGCAAUGAAGAUCUUUGUGUGUCUCCUGGCUACCUUGGCUGCCACCGCAUCGGCUGGCUUCAUUGGCGGAUCCGGCGGUGGUGGUGGUGGCGGUGGCGGUGGCUACAGCUAUGGAAUCGGUUCUGGCGGCGGCGGCGGUGGCCACCAGGAGGUGAAGACCAUCCAGGUGAUCCACCAGGACGGUGGCGGCUACUCCGGCGGCGGUUACGGCGGCUACUCCGGUGGCCAUGGAGGCUACGGCGGCGGCGGCCACCAGGAGGUCAAGACUAUCAAGGUUAUUCAGCAGGAAGCUGGCGGCUAUUCCGGCGGUCAUGGCUUCUCUGGUGGUCACGGUGGCUACUCGGGCGGUGGACACCAGGAGGUGAAGACCGUUAAGGUCAUCCAUGAGGAAGGACAUGCCCUGGGCGGCGGUGGUUAUACCGGUGGUCUUUCCGGCUAUGGACACGGACAUGGUGGCCAUCAGGAGGUGAAGGUGGUCAAGGUCAUCCAUGAGGAGGGCGGUCAUGCCCACGGACACGGCGGUGGCUACUCCCAUGGCGGAUUCGCCGGCGGUCAUCAGGAGGUUAAGACUGUGAAGGUCAUCCAUGAGGAAGGACUUGCUUUGGGCGGCGGCGGCGGCUAUGCCGGUGGCUUCUCCGGCGGCUACUCCGGCGGCUACUCCGGCGGCUACUCCGGUCAUGGACAUGGUCAUGGUGGCCAUGGGGAAGUAAAGGUGGUCAAGGUGAUCCACGAGGAGGGCGGUCACGAUCACGGUCACUCGCACGGCGGAUUCGAGGAGGUCAAGACCAUCAAGGUCAUUCACGAGGAGGGAGGACACGCCCACGGCCAUGUGCCCGCCCCCAUCAUCAGCAACGAAUACCUGCCGCCCAGCAAUGAGUACCUGCCCCCCGUAUCCGCUCCACAGCCCGGAUAUCUGCCCCCAUCCUCCAGCUGGAAGUGAUUCCAUGCCAUUCGAUUCGAGCCAUACUGAUCCUUGAGUCUUGUUAAGUAAUUUUAGGUCCCCUUUUUUUCAUUCCCAUGUUUUUUUAUUGUUGUUCCCAUUUUACCUCGCCCAUUGAACAAAUAUACCAUCUGUAAAUUAUAA